AAAGGAGGAAUUGUUUGCGAGUUCAGUCAUCCAAAAAAGCUUCUUCCAUAUGGAGGCACCGGGUGCGCUGGGCGCGGCGUCCUCUGCCUUGUCCUCCUGCCGGCGCCGCCGCCGCAGCGGCCCCCGCUUCCUGCCGCCGGGUCCCUGAGCCCGGCCCGCGGUGUCAGCCGCCGCGCGCGCACACGCACACGCACACCCUGGCACACAGGCACGCACACACACACACACACACACUCACGCGCGCCGCAGCCGCACGCGCCCGCACGAGUCCUCCCUCCCCGGCCGGCACCUUCUGGGUCCCGGUCUCCUUUGUUGCUCCCCCUGCGGCCGCCUCCCGUUCUGUGCGUUCCCGGGUGUCACCGUGCGGGUCGGGUGUCGGUGCGGCGUGGUGCCGUGUGGCUCUCUCCGCGCCCACCACGCUGGCCCCCGGGCCCCGGCUCUCCCUUCCCAGGAGCCGGCUGCACCAGAGUCCCAGCACAAGCUUCCAGGAACCCAUGACCCACGAUGUCUUGUCAACACUGCCACCAUCGGAGAGAGCAGCAAUGAAGUAGCGGAAGAAGCAGAAAGUAAGAAUCUUUGAAAUGAGAAAGAAAAUGGACAUACUUUGCAUUGCUGAGAAAAGUGACAGGACUUCCUGAUGAUGCUUUCACCCGACUUUGAACUUGGACCUGUUCAUUUCACGAUGCGGCACAGUCACACUGCCCGUGAGUGGCGGCGGAGUCUCUGACAUUGAAGACACAGGCAGAGGGAGGGGUUAAAAAUCGAAGGACAAGAACUCUUUCCUGGAAAACGGACUGACCGUCAGGCCGGUCCUCGACCUGGUGUGGAGGGUGCUUGCUGGCCAGAGUGAAUGUGGCCCUCUCGUCUCUCGGCAGCCAGAGUGGUGCAGGGGACUGCGGGAUCUCUGUGAGUGACCCUGGUGGCUUAUGGGACGUGGGCUUCGGACGCUCUGUAACACACCUUGCUGCAUGGGAUGAUGACAGCUCGGGGAGGAAAGAGGCCUGAGGUCGUACUCACCUGCCUCCUCUUAGCCGCUGCAGGCUGCUUCGCCUACCUGGUUGAGGUCCCUCAGGUGACUGUCCAGCCUCCUUCCACCGUCCAGAAGCUCGGAGGAACUGUGAUCCUGGGCUGUGUGGUGGAGCCCCCAGGCAUGAACACCACCUGGCGCCUGAACGGGAAGGAGCUGAAUGGUUCCGACGAUGCUCUGGGUUUCCUCAUCUCUCGUGGGACCCUCGUCAUCACCGCCCUCAACAACCGCACCGUGGGACGGUACCAGUGUGUGGCCCGGAUGCCUGCAGGGGCCGUGGCCAGCGUGCCAGCCACUGUGACAUUAGCCAAUCUCCAGGACUUCAAGUUAGACGUGCAGCACGUGAUCGAAGUAGAUGAGGGGAACACGGCGGUCAUCGCUUGCCACCUUCCUGAGAGCCACCCAAAAGCCCAGGUCCGGUACAGUGUCAAACAAGAGUGGCUGGAGGCAUCCAGAGAUAAUUACCUGAUCAUGCCAUCCGGGAACCUCCAGAUAGUAAACGCCAGCAGGGAGGACGAGGGGACGUACAAGUGCGCCGCCUACAACCCAGUGACCCAAGAAGUGAAAACCUCGGGCUCCAGUGACAGACUGCGUGUGCGCCGCUCCACUGCCGAGGCUGCCCGCAUCAUCUACCCCCCAGAGGCCCAGACCAUCAUCGUCACCAAAGGCCAGAGUCUCAUCCUGGAGUGCGUGGCCGGUGGAAUUCCACCCCCGAGGGUUACCUGGGCCAAGGAUGGGUCCAGUGUUGCGGGCUAUAACAAGACACGCUUCCUGCUAAGCAACCUGCUUAUCGACACCACUAGCGAGGAGGACUCCGGGACCUACCGCUGCAUGGCUGACAAUGGGGUGGGGGAGCCUGGGGCAGCGGUCAUCCUCUACAAUGUCCAGGUGUUUGAACCCCCUGAGGUCACUGUGGAGCUGUCCCAGCUGGUCAUCCCUUGGGGCCAGAGUGCCAAGCUCACCUGUGAGGUGCGCGGGAACCCCCCGCCCUCAGUGCUGUGGUUGAGGAAUGCCGUGCCCCUCACCUCCAGCCAGCGCCUCCGACUGUCCCGUAGGGCCCUGCGAGUGGUCAGCGUGGGGCCUGAGGAUGAAGGUGUCUACCAGUGCAUGGCCGAGAAUGAAGUUGGGAGCGCCCACGCUGUGGUCCAGCUGAGGACCGCCAGGCCCAGCACAACCCCGAGGCCAUGGCGGGAUGCUAAACCGGACACUACCACACCUCCCCUGCCACCCCCGAGGCCCAGAAGCCCAGACCAGAUGCUGAGGGCGCACUCAGGUGUCCCGAGGCCUCCAGCGUCAGUGCAGCCAGCUUCCCUGCGGUGCUCUGGAGAGAAGGGGCAGGCGGCUCCCGCUGAGGCACCCAUCAUCCUCAGCUCACCCCGGACUUCCAAGACCGACUCUUACGAGCUAGUGUGGCGGCCUCGGCACGAGGGUGGCAGCCGGGCACCGAUCCUCUCCUACGUGGUGAAAUACCGCAAGCAGGUCACAAACUCCUCUGAUGAUUGGACCAUCUCUGACAUUCCAGCCAAUCAGCACCGCCUGACCCUCAGCAGACUUGACCCUGGGAGCUUAUAUGAAGUGGAGAUGGCAGCUUAUAACUGUGCAGGAGAAGGCCAGACAGCCAUGGUCACCUUCCGAACUGGACGGCGGCCCAAACCUGAAAUCAUGGCCAACAAGGAGCAGCAGAUCCAAAGAGAUGACCCUGGAGCCAGCCCCCAAAGCAGCAGCCAGCCAGACCACGGCCGCCUGUCCCCCCCUGAAGCUCCAGACAGGCCCACUAUCUCCAUGGCCUCUGAGACAUCAGUGUACGUGACCUGGAUUCCCCGUGGGAAUGGGGGCUUCCCGAUCCAGUCCUUCCGUGUGGAGUACAAGAGGCUAAAGAAAGUGGGGGACUGGAUCCUAGCCACCAGCGCCAUCCCGCCCUCCCGGCUCUCCGUGGAGAUCACAGGCCUAGAGAAAGGCACCUCCUACAAGUUCCGAGUCCGGGCUCUGAACAUGCUGGGGGAGAGCGAGCCCAGCGCCCCCUCCCAGCCAUACGUGGUGUCAGGCUACAGUGGCCGCAUGUACGAGAGGCCCGUGGCGGGCCCUUACAUCACCUUCACCGAUGCCGUCAACGAGACCACCAUCAUGCUCAAGUGGAUGUAUAUCCCAGCAAGUAACAACAACACCCCGAUCCAUGGCUUUUAUAUCUAUUACCGACCCACAGACAGUGACAACGAUAGCGACUACAAGAAGGACAUGGUGGAAGGGGACAGAUAUUGGCACUCAAUCAGCCACCUGCAGCCAGAGACCUCCUACGACAUUAAGAUGCAGUGCUUUAACGAAGGAGGCGAGAGCGAGUUCAGCAAUGUGAUGAUCUGCGAAACCAAAGCCCGGAAGUCCGGUCAGCCUGGUGGACUCCCACCCCCGACUCUGGCCCCACCUCAGCCGCCACCCCUGGAAACCAUGGAGCGGCCAGUGGGCACGGGGGCCAUGGUGGCACGCUCCAGCGACCUGCCCUACCUGAUUGUCGGGGUCGUCCUGGGAUCUGUCGUCCUCAUAAUUGUUGCCUUCAUCCCCUUCUGCUUGUGGAGGGCCUGGUCUAAGCAAAAACACACAGCAGACCUGGGUUUUCCUCGAAGUGCGCUUCUGCCCUCCUCCUGCCAAUACACUAUGGUACCACUGGGAGGGCCUCCAGGUCAUCGAGCCGGCGGGCAGCCCUGCCUCAGUGGCGCCAAUGGACAGGCCUGUGCCAAUGGGGUACAUGUGAACAGGGGCUUCCCUGCCGCUGCCACGGGCUACCCUGGCACGAAACCGCUGCAGCCCUGCCCUGCAGAGCACCAGCAGGAGGAUGACUCCAGUGGCCUCCCAAGGCACACCAUUCCUGGCAACGGAUACGGAUACGACAUCCACAGUCACCAGAUUCCUAGGGGAACCAAAGCUAAGCCAGAAGAGGUCGCUUUCUUAUAUACACUGCCUGACAACUCCACUCACCAGCUGCUCCAGACCCACCAGGACCACCACCACCUCCAGGAGCAGCCUGCUUCAGCCAGCCAGUCAGGGAGGGAGAGUGUACCCCAGAAUCCUGCGCUGGAAGCAACGUGGGACCCUCUUUUUCACUCAGGGCCCCCAUGCUGCUUGGGCCUUGUACCGGUUGAAGAGGUGGACAGUCCUGAAUCUUGCCAAAUGGGUGGAGGAGAGUGGUGUCCCCAGCACCCCACAGGGACCUACACGGGACAGGAGCUUGGGAGACAGCUCUCCCCGAACCCACCAGUGAACGUGACUUUUGAAACACCACCCCCCACAAUUUAGGCCGAAGGCAAUAUUCCAGAAAGACUAUUAUUGUUUUUUAAGAGAGACAGAGAAAAUUGGUAUUUAUUUUUCUAUAAUAACCAUAUUUAUAUAUUUAUGCACUUGUAAAUAAAUGUAUAUGUUUCUAUAAUUCUGGAAAGACAUAGGGAAUCCUCCCCGUGGAGGUGUAAGGGGUAACACAAAGAAGCCACGGCAUCACCGGAGUCAGCCAGGAACAAGGAGCACAGACUGGCCAGGACCCAGACUGAGGUGGCGGAAGGGAAGACGCCCAGGCACCCCGUUCGUGCCGACCGUGGGGCAAAGCGAAGGCCGUGGUGUCGGAGCCGGAGACACCUGUGAAGACAGCCAGGUCCCGUGCUGCGGGAACCGUUUCAGAAGAUGCUCGUGAGAACAGACUCAGACGUGUACAGUACUAUAAGCAUUAACAAAUCUUCCAGAAUCAAUAAUCUGUGGCAACAUAGCUCUGUAAAAACAAACACUGUAACAUCUAAAUAAAUGUUUAGUCUUCCCUGUAA